GCGCAUGGCGAAGACGUACCGCUCCGGAGACGUUCGGAAAGAGAAGAGCGAUGUUGCGGCCGGAACAAGAGCGGCGGAAUAACUUCGCUGGGCGAUGCUGUGGUAAAUACCGGCUGAGCUGCAACCUUGUUUACGCCACAGCCUUGAAGUGGAAAUAUUACGGUCUUCUAAAUUUAGCCUCCCGAUGCCUGUGUUGGGAUUCAAAGAUCACUGGGCUAUGUCUUGCAGUUUGAACCUGGCGAGCUGCCGGCUGCGAGCCGAGGCCCUCGCUCGACAGUUGCACUCUAACCUGUGGAGCCCGCGCUCCGCUCACGGCUCACCGGGGGACAGCGGCACGGUGUCCCCUUGCUUCGGACUGCCCACCGCCAACGCUUUAGGGGUUAUAGACAGGGCACCCCUGAAGCUCGAUCCCCACCUCAGGAUGUCCAGCUUGGACGACGACGAAGAGCAGCCGGAUCAGAAGCUGGUUUCGCCACCUUCUUCGGACAGGAAACUCGGUGAGAACGGAGAGAUGGACAUAGUAGCGUCGCCCCCGCACCAGAUAUCGCCCCCUUAUAGCCCCCUGGAGAGGAUAGGCCUCUUGCCGAACAAUGACGGCGUUUUCGAAAACUGCAAAGAUUCGAAUCAUGUAUGGAGGCCAGAUUCACCCCCAGAGUCUUUCGCUUCUGGAUCCGAUUCUCCUGCCUUGACUAUCGAGACAGAAGAACCUAGCAGCGCAGCGUCUGACAGCACAGAAACUGUUUCCGAACUAGCGAGCCCGACUUACGAUUACAGGGAGGAUGGAAGCCCUUUGGCCGAUGAACUGCGAACUCGUUUGAAACUCAUACAGUCCUCCCAAGCAGAAGGAAGCUGCGUGACCAGUCCCGUCGAUGAGGUAUCGGAAGGUAGCACGUCCUCUGCUUUGUCUUCAGAGGCGACCAAUUCCGGCAAGGACCUCUUAUCACCUCCUGAAUCGUGCCCCCGACUGGUACGAAGCACGUCUCUGAAGACGGGUAAGACACCACCGGGAACUCCAAGCAGGAAGAAAAUUGUUCGUUUCGCGGAUGUCUUGGGCCUGGACCUCGAAGCCAUCCGUCAUUUCGUGAAAGACGACGAUGCGCCCAUCGUUCCUCAGUCAGCUUUCGCGGACUUGAAAGUUCCCACUACCUCCUCGAGUACACCUCUUCUAGCAUGGAACCGAAGCAGCAAUGCCCUGACGCCUACUGGAUGUCGGUUCGUUCCACAAUUCGAGCAGCCAGGAUCUGACCCUCACUUCCUGGACAAGGUUCGACAACAGAAAGUGUGCCUGGAGAACGCAGUCGUCAAUGACUUGAGGGUAACAGGAGUCAUCCGAGUUCUCAAUUUGGGCUUCGAGAAGCUGGUGCAGGUUCGGUAUACAACGACAGAGUGGGCAGUGCACACCGACAUAACAGCAGAUUACGUACCGUCCUCUUGUGACGGUUUCUCGGACAAAUUCAGUUUCAACCUCCAUCUGCCUCACCUCUCGCCAGGACAGAGAUUGCUAUUCGCGAUCAAGUAUGUCGCCAAUGGCCAGGAGUUCUGGGACAAUAAUUGUGGCAACAACUAUAUUUUGAAGUGCCAAGCGAAGAGUCCGGACCAAGACUCUACGGCCGGAAUCAGUGGCCCCAGAUGGAUCCAUCAUUUCAUGUGAUGCUUCCUGUUGCCUUCACGUUUAGUCUAAAAUACUGUAGGUGGAAAACUUCAAUGGUGCUUUCCGACAACUUAGGCUUGGAACUUCACUAGAGUCCGUUUCUUAAGCUUUCACACUUUUUUCAUUUAACUAGCCUGAAUUAGCCUCCCCCAUCCAGAAUUACACUACAGCGUUCUGAUCCUGCCCCGAGAGCUGCCACUUGACAUGCAAGCAGUUCAAGCAAUUCCUGGAAGUGGUCUGGACGUUUACCUGCCUUUUGAUCUGCAUGACUAGGAUGUCCUACAAAAUGUAUGACCUACUUGACUUUGAACCUAUUGAUCCUUCACUCAGACAGUCUAGUGUUCGGAAGACUUUUUCUUGAUGUGGAGCAUACAACCGAACAUUCUCUGGGGGAAUAUAAAAAAAAAAAAAAAAAAAAAAUAUAUUCACUCUCUUGAAAAUCACUGUGCAUUUUAUGGAAUUAUUGAUCGUUAAUUAAUUAUUAUUUUCGUAAUUUGACAAUCAGUGUUACUUGUUAUAUGAAAGUGAUGUCCGAAUGUAGCAAUUCAGGUUUCGUUUCUUCAGAAAAGUGUGAAAUUUCAACGUAGAUGUGAAGACCAGCGUUUUUCAAUUGUUGCGUCAUCGAACCUAAUUCUAAUGAUGAUGUCUUUAUAAAUAUUAAUGUUGUUAUAAAAUGAAUCUUUUAAUAGAGUAAUCGCCAGCAUAAACUUUUAGUAUAUUUUAUAUUUCUGUCACAUUUUACAUUAACUUUUCCGAAAAAAAUUUCUGAAUGUUUUUAUAAAAUUAUGUGUAACUGCGAAAUGUUUUCUAUUGUAACUUUUUUUAAAUAUGUGUAGCUUUUAUUUUUAUAUCUGAUGUCGCACAUUAAAAUUCAAUAAGGAUAAUCAAAAUGCGGUUUUUCAUAAAUUUUCUAAUUGUGUUAGCUAUUUAACGUAUUUUGAAUCGAUAAACUUUUAAUAUAAGUCGGUAAUCUUUAAAAAAGGUUAUUGGAAGAUUUUGGUUUCAAGAGUAGUUAAAAGUAUUUUUAAAUAGAAUUCUUAGCUUUAAAUAUAUAUGUAGUUUGAAAUGAAAAUUUUAAAAUUCUGACUGAAAUGUCUAUGUGUAAUUUAGAAUUAAACGUAUAAACUUUAAUUAACAAAAAUAUUAUUCAGCUGUUUUAAUACUAAUAUCUUAUUUUUUAUUUCAAACCAUCUAAAAAGGUUUUGAGAAUAUAAUAAAUUGAUAAAUAUAUAUAUUUUUUCAGCUUUUAUCGUAAGAAAAUGGUAUAACUUAUCACAUUUAAUAAGAAUUAUUUCAGGAUACUUUGCUUCAUAAGAAUAUAUUUUUAUCAAUUGCAGAUUCUUCGGUAUUGUUCUAUACUAAGUUUAUUAUUGUCAGUAGUUACUGAAGUUCUUGCAUUUAGUUAACAUAUACUAAAAAAUUUUUCUUAAAUUAUGUUUAAAAGCCUAAAUUUAUAACUCUACUGCAGUAUUUUUUAUCAAGUAGUUCACGGUAUUAAAAUGAGAUAAGUGUCUUCUUUAGAAAUUUCAUUGUAAUUUUAUCACAGCUUAAAGUAUUGAAUUUCAUUCAAAGCUAUAAUUUACUGCGAAUUGGUGCUAUGCAAGCAAUUGUAUUUUUUUUCCUAAGUUAUUUUCGCAACAUAGUUUUGAAGAAAAUGGAAAGGCCAGAAAGAAAUAGGAAAUUUCUUUUGUGUAUUUCGUGCAUGGCUAAGAACGAAUUUGGUAGAUUUUAAAUAUCUCCACGUUUUGUUAGGAAUGUAUCAGUUUUAACUAGAGAUUGCAGUAUUAAACUUUAAACACCUUUAAUAUGUAUGUGUAUGCAUAUCUUCCAUCAGUUCCACUUCGUAUGUAUAUAUAUAUAUAUAAUAUAUAUAUAUAUAUAAAUUUUAAUUUUUGCCAACUUUCCAAUGCUCGUCAUAACUGAGAUUUAGUGAUAUUUUUAAGCAUACAAGAGUAAACUUAUUUGUACAUAAAAAUGUUGAGAAAUUGGGAACGAAAUUAAGGAGGAAAAUUGAUGUAAAGGAAAUUAUUUCCAUAACCUUUUCUAUACUAAAGUAGAAAUCCAAGCAUCCAGAAUAGCUGGUAUCACAGCUGAUUGAGAUAUUCAAAAAAUUCCGAUAGUUUAAUUUUCUUUAUGUAUUAUUUUAUUUCGGCGAGCAUUAGAGUUAAAAAUGAGGUCUUUUUAUUUACUCAGAACAAUAUACGAAAUAUUAUCUUUUCUGGAUAAAGUUAAUUAAUUAAUUUAUUUUUCUUGAACAAAAUCUUUUUCUAUUUCAUGUAAAUCGAAACGUUUCUUUAUACUUACGUAUUUCCCCGUUGCAAUUGAAAACUGAAGAAGAUCCCGCCAAAAUUAACGGCAACUUAUUCCUUCGGAGGUUUGAAGGAAAAGGAUCGCUCUUUGUUUAGUAUGAUAAUCGCUGAUCGCUUUUUAUUUAAUAAGAUAAUAAAGAUACAAGUUACGAAUAUUGCAUAUUAAAAAUAAAUACGAAAUUGAAAUUGUCUUAUAAGUAAGUCUGGCAAUAGAAAAUACCUUAUGAAGUUAAAAAAAAGCAAUAAAGUCGUCACCUUUCAUGCGAAUUCAGCGCUACAUAAAUUCGCUUAAAUGCCAAGCUACGUAGUGACACGUAGCUUCGCUGUGUAUUUAAUUGCUCCGUUUUAUCAACGUUUUUCAAUGUUUUGAGUAUGUUCAUCAGUAAACCAAUUUUAAAAUAGUGCAUUGUCUGCUGUUAUGUACGUCCCAGUUUUACAAACAAAUCUUUCUUACUGAGGAUCAGGGUUAUGUAAAGAAGACGGAGAUCUUAGCAGCGUGUUUUGGCAUCUCGUUUAUCCAUUAUUGGUGCUAAAUUUACUCUGUUUGGCGACAUUGCCGAAAGCAGUCAAGCGGCCAAAUACGUAAGUACCGAUUAAAAAAAAAAAAAAAAAAAAAAUUGCGUAACCCUAAAGCUAAGAGCAUAAUGUUUUCGAUAAUUAACAGGAGAAAUUAUUUUUAUAAUAAAAUAAACGCCUGACCUAUUCCCAUUGAACGAAAGUUAAACAUUAUUUUUUAUUGGUGUAAAAUAAUAAUGUAGAAGCAAUAAAAUUUUAAAACACUUUAAUGAAUUAACUACAAAGUCAAAUUAGCUGAACUAGAAAGAAUGACAAGCGAUGUGGAUAAAUGGAGUUCCAAUAAUUAUAAAAAUGAAGGCGUAGAUUAUUCAUUGCAUGCAACAAUUUAAAUGUGCAAUUCUCGUUCCUUUGCAAAUACAAGAAUUCGGCGACAAUGACGUCAUCGCAGAAUUUACUAAAGGAGCUUUAAGAUUACAUGUUAUUAAAGAGAGUAUUAAGAACAUGGUGCUACAAAUGUUUCAAAGUAAAAUACGAAUUUAUUAAAAAUGAAUAGAUGAAUAAAAACAGAUGAAUGUGAUUUUAUGGAGUUUUUAUGUUUUUAAAAAAAGAAUGAAACUAUUUAAAAUAUUAGGAAAUUUUGCGGCUUUGUCAUCCCUAAUCAACAGUGAAUGUGUGAGCAGAAAUUCUUUAAACAAAAUUGUUUGAAAUGAAUAGUUUAUUAGAAUGACCUACAUCUUUACCUUUAGAUCAAAAUGUAACUAUGUUUUCAAAUGUUAAAAUGAAUGUUCAAACCUUAGUCCAGUUCAAAGAAAUAUUGUGCUACUUUUCUUCGAUUUGUUUAAAAUUUAUACAUUGUAUUAAUUCGUUUAGUUAUUUACUGCAUUUCCUUUAUAAUGAAAUAAAUAUAUUUUAAUGAGUUAAUAUUUUAGUUAUCUAAAAACAUUUUUUGAAUUUUUAAUUAGUAAUUUAUUACUUGAUUCAAAACGAGAUUAGAAUAGCACGUAAUUUUAUUCCUUUUAGAAUAUUUAGAAUUCCUUUUAGAAUAAUAGCAAUUCUUUUAGAAUAUUUUUAAUCUGUUAUUUAUAUGUGAUGAUAUAAGAUGGCCGAGAGGGGGGGGGACUAUCUAAAUUUAACAGUUAGAAAUUCCGUUCGUCAAACGCAUUUAAUGCCAUCGUUUCAUGUACAUAAAUGAAUGUAUAUAUUUUAAACCAGUAUCAUCGUUGAUAUUUAACAUUUAUUAACAUCUGUAAUGCUUUUAGUUACCAUUUUUAAUUUCAUAAAUUUAGGUCUAAUAAUGGCUUUGAAAUUCAAUUAAUAAAAUUACUUCGCAUUUAUUCAGAGUAAACUUCAUAACAAAACAUUCCCUACCUAAAUGAAAUCGCUUAUUUUUAACUUAAAUUGAAGAUUACAAUUUAUCGCUCUUUUAAUUAAAUAAAUAUACUUUCCUCGCUGAGAUUGAAUUUGUUAAUUAUUAAAACGAUAUCCUUUUCAUGAUAGAAACUUUCCACUUUUAUCGAGACAGGUUUUAGAAUUUUCCGGGAAUUAGCUUGAACGAUUAUAUGAACUUUCUGCCACUGAAUUUUCUGAUGUUUUUAGCAUUGCGUAGAUGUUGUCAUUAGAGAGGUUUUUGUGGCGAAAAUACAGCAGCAUCCUUUAAGGAAAAGUCAAGAGAUAAAUGAUGUAAAUUUCAAAUAAAAGUUGUUAGCUGAAGGUAAAUUAUUUACAUAAAUAAUAAACUUUCCUUGCUAAGACGCAACGAAUACAGCAAAUGUGAAAUAGUUUGAUUAAGCUUCAGAAAGUAUAUUCUCUUAACUCUGAUGCUAAAGUUGCUACAUAUAGUUUAUAAAUUUUUGUGCUUUUUUAAUCUAAAACGUUUACAGCACUUUUUUGCUUGGAUAUUUCGAUUUUAAGUUUAUGCACAAUCAUUUAAUUUAAUUAAGUUUAAAUACUUUUUUGAAUCUUCUUUUAUCACCAUCUCCCAACUGCAAAGAGCUUUGGAAUCAUUUUAUCAGUUUCGUCAGUCACAAAAUAAAUUUUAUUAAGAAAUUGUAAAAUAACGUUUAUAGGCAUUGACUGUAACUACUAUCCAUAAAAUUUAUUAGUGGAGUUAGUGAAAUUCAGCAGAAGUUUUAUUAAGGCUUAGUACUUACUGGAGUUUUACCCAAACUUUUGUGAGUGUUGUGCUAUUAAAAACUUUUUAUACUUCGUACGGUGGUAGAUCAAGGAUCUGAAAUUUGUUUCUAUAAAGUAUCCAAAUAGAAAGGAAAUUCAAAGAUUCGUAGGGAGGUGUUCUAAUUCUAGGAUGUUUAUAUCGUUAACUGUAUUUUUAUGAUAAUAAGUUAUUGCUACUGUUUAUAAAAUCUUAUGCUCACAAAACUGUAAGGGAGGGAAGGGCGAAUUCUCCAAGCCAAAGAAAAUAUUAAGUAUUUUAUUUCAUGCAUAAUGAAGUAUUUUCGUGUUGUUGCCUAGAUUUAAGUACAAAAUGUUGCAAAUGAAAAUGUGUAUAUUUAUUUUGUUUGAAAAGACGAGACUUAUUAUAAAGAAUAUUUGUCUGAGGAAGUUAUAUAUUUCAAAUGUGUAUGUGUAUUAUUGUGUAAAAUUGAAAGAUGUAUUAUAUAUGUUGGGCAAUAAAUGUAUUAAUUUUAUGUUUA